AAAUACUUAAAAGAUCAUUUGCACCUCGAUUGGAUCAUGGAGAAACAAAACAAUUAUAUCUUGAUUUAGUUUAUGGAUAUGCAUUUGAUGAUAAUAGUACUGAUCAUAGUUCUAGUUCUAUUAGUGAUGAUAACAGUAUACCAAGUGGCGGAGCUUAUCAAUGUUGGCAAUAUGCUCAUAAGCAAUUCUAUGUUAAUAUUAUUGAAUGCUUACCUUCUGUCAAUCCUGAAGAUCAAUUAGGAUAUGCAAAAAUGUUACUUGAAUGGUCUUAUACUGAAAUGAAAAUAGCAUUAGAUUUAUUAGAUUUAAAUAAUUUUUCAGGUGAAUUAGCAAGCAGUUCAAAGACUAAUAAUGACGAUGAUGAUUUUUUUGAUCAAUUAAAAACAACACCUCGACAAGCAUUAGAAUUAAUUGAAUUAGAUGAAAAGUGA